CGGAAGUGUAACGUAAAAUCGACGAGUGAAGCAUGUGAUAACUCAAAAUGGGAAUUGUUAUGAUUAUCAUCACAGCUUUUCUCUGUUUGUUUAGUGUUGUGGGAUGUGGCACUCCAAGUUAUGAAGCAGACCCAGAAAGUAUUUUGAAAGUACACAUUGUUUUUAUGAAUCACCUUGAUGUUGGAUUCAAUGGAAUAGCUCCUGAACUUGGUUUCAUCAACAAUAUUUUAAACAAAUAUUUCCAAGUAUACUUUCCCCGGGCGAUCCAGCAGGCAAUGACACUAGAAGCCCUGGGUUUUAAGGAGAAACUGGUCUAUACAACUCACCCGUGGCUGGUCAGUCUGUACCUCGACUGUCCACCUAACCUCAAUCUGUCAGGCAUUGUAUUGCAGUGCCCAAACAAAACUUCCGUUGACAUUUUCAAGAAGGCAGUUGACCUGGGCAUCAUAACGUGGCAUGCUGGGCCAAUGAAUAUGAUGUUUGAGACUCUGAUGGAUGUGUCGAUGGUCGAGUUUGGACUUCAGAUGUCGGAGGACUUGGACAAGAUGUUUGGGAUUACAAGACAGCACAGAGUACUCAGUCAGAGGGACGUGCCUGGAAUGACACAGUCUUUGCUGCCUAUUUUUCAAAAGCAUGGUAUAGAGGCAAUAACGGUUGGCGUAAAUGGAGUGACUGCACCACCUGAAGUACCAAAGAUCUUCCGUUGGGUCUUCCAGAAUGUUAGUCUCAUUGGGAUGUGGCAUCCAGGCGGUUACCCUGAUGCACAAGGAAAGUGGCCAGUGAAACCAGGUGGAAUGUCUGUCAACGACUGCGUGACGUAUCCAGGACUCACAGACGCACUGUGUUUCGCCUUCAGAUCUGAUAACAAGGGACCACCAGAGUCGUACCAGGAAAUUCUGAUGUCUUAUGAAAUAGCCCGAAGUCAGUUUCCUAAUGCAAUUGUUCAGGCUUCCAACCUAGAAGAUUUUGCAGCUGCUGCCCAGAAGAUUAAGUCCCAACUGCCUGUCUUUAGCAAGGAAAUGGGAGAUACGUGGAUCCAGGGGAUGUCAUCUGACCCUCGCAAGGUGGCAGAGAUGAGAGCUUUCUUCAGGGAAAGAACAAAUUGUUUAAACGAGGGUUCCUGCAGUCUGUCAGAUCCACGCAUAUACAACUCUAGUCGGUUCCUGCUGAAGGUUGGAGAACACACAUGGGGUAUAAGUGGUGUUGAUGAUGAUGAAAACUGGACCAAUGACAAGUUCUAUCCACUGCUAUACAAGAAAAAACAAAAUUUUGUUAAUGGCAUUAAUUCGUGGCUAGAACAGCGAGAUUUCACAUACCUGGCCCUUGAUGCUCUUGGUAACCACCCACUUAGUGGACGUGUUCAGAAGGCGUGGAGGAAACUGAUGGCUCAGAUGCCCAGUCUUGAAGGUUAUGAACGAGUCAUUCAACAACAUCUCCAAAUAAAAUGUGGUUCGGGUUAUGUGUUUGAGUUCGCACGAGAUGGAUCUAUUGUCACACUAACAGAACCAAAGUCAAAGAUCCAGUGGGCAUCUGCUUCAAAUCCACUUGGACAGCUUGUUUACCAGACGUACAACCAGACAGACUUCGAUGCCUUUGAUAAGAAUAACGCCUACUCUAACAAGUUCUUUCUUGGAAUUGGUAAACCAAACCUGACCAAAAACGCUAAUGCUGAGAGCAAAAUCUGGAAUCCUGUUAUGAUUGGACUCUACCGAUACAAAGAUUCUAGUCAGUGUCGUUUUCUGGUGAAUACAGCGUUUCCAAGCGAAAGUUUUCAAAACUAUGGUGCUCCACCAGAUGUGUGGAUUACAUACAACAUAGAAGAGACACCAACAAUAUCAGGACUGUAUGCUGAGUUGCAGUGGUUUGGCAAGCGGCCCACCCGGAUGCCAGAGGCUUUACUCUUUGUAUUUAAACCUGUUGCACAGAAUGAUCACAGCUGGAGGAUGCAAAAGCUGGGCCAGUUUCUUGAUCCUCUCAAUGUUGUUCUAAAUGGAAGUCAAACACAGCAUGGAAUUGACCAAGGGGUUCAGUAUAUAAAUACCAAGUUGCAAGGGCUUGAGAUUAACUCCCCUGAUGUUGCCCUUGCAACAAUGAUGUCCCCUGAUAUAAAGUUGACAUCUAUACCAAUGAGACUAACACCCCUAACCUCAGUAUCCGGUGUUGCGUUCACCGUCUUCACCAAUGUGUGGGACGUGAACUUUGUGUUUUGGUAUCCCUAUAUAUUAGAGGAUAUGGAUCAGAAAUUCAGAUUUUAUAUUAAUUUUCUAGGAGUGUAAUCAUUUUAAGUUUGAAUUCUGUAAUUUGUAAAAAAAUAAUAAUAAAAAAUAAAAAUAAUGAAUUGGUGCAAAAUAUAUAUUCAUGUAUAGCUGUAUUUCAAAUACAAAUUGCAAACUCAUCCAGAUGUAAAAGUUAAAUUCAAUGCAACUUUGAUUCAGUUUGAAUACAUUUAAGAUCAUAGAGGGGAUGUUUUCCCAUAACAUACGGUUUCAAUUCCAAAGGGAUAAAUGAUGAUUAAAUCAUUGUGACUAUAAUUUUAUCUAUAUUUUAACCAUGACUAUUAAUCUGAGCCAUGAAUGUGAUGUAAAAUAUUACUGAAUCAUUUAUCUUUGAAUAAUACAAUGUAAUUGAAUGAAUGGAUGGAUAAAUGAACAAGCGAGUGAAUGUGCUGGGUGCCCACAAGUUCUAAGGAAAGUCAUAAUUUGGUAAAACACUUUGUAAUUAAAUUAUAACUUGUUGCUCACUUUCAGAUUUUCACAUUUUAAAAUUAAAUAUUUUAAUACAAUCUGUAAUGGAAUUAAACCAGAAAGCCAUAUUGGAAUAUAAUUUGUAGUGAUAAUUUUUAGCUUUUCAUAUUUUUAAUGAUUUUCUUUAUUUGUUAAUGAAAUUCAGGUUAUUCAGGCCUGGUGCUUAUAAACGUUUUAGGGUCUAGACUCAAGACUCUAAUAGAGUGAGACUUUUAUCAUCAUGGCAAAGCCAUACACACUGCAUGCGUGUGACGUCAUUUGAGAUAAAGAGUCUGGACUCUUAAACGUUUUAUAAGCACAGGCCCAGGUCCGACUUGUUUAGGUUUACAUGUAAGUACUUAACCUUUGUUGUCCAUAUGAUUAUGAAUUACUAUUUCAAUAGGUAUGUUAGGAAAUCGGGUAAAGUGCAAUGUGUGUGCAGGCAACAGCAUUUUGUUUAUUUAUGUCUCGGAUUGAAGCCAGAUCCCAAUAAAAUAUUUUUUUUUAGCUUUUCCUGCAUCUUUGAUUUGAAGUCCUGUUUCUGAGAAUAGAAGGUAGCUGAUUUAAAGAAAUAAUGCUACCAUUUAUUUAAGGGAAUUACGAUUCUGAAAAAGCCAUGGCAAAUAGUAGCCUCGGUAUCAAUUUUCAGUUCUGCAUCUCUUCUGGAACAUUACAUGGAUCUUCAGAAAUAUUAAUAUGUUAAUACAGUGAAACUCCUCCAAACCGGACACCCUCGGGGCCAAGUAAAACAUCCAGUUUUAGAGGUAUCCGGUUUAGAUAGGUUCUCUUCUGAACAUAUAUUUAAAACAUAUAUUUAAAAGAGGACCACAAAAAACAUCCGGUUUUGAGGUAAUAGAGAUUUCACUGGUUAAACAUGUUUACAAGAGUACAAAAAAGGGAUGUAGCACCCAAACUGUAGAGGAGCACAGCUUGAAAAUGGCUCCAACCUGGGAUUAUGCUCUUUGCUCUGGUCAAUUGCAUAGUUUUGUGCAUUAAAGAAAAGUCAUUAUUUCUUGACCGAAGACAAACAACUGCUUUGUGGCUUUGUUAAGUUGAACACUUGAAUCCCGGUCAUUACCUUUUAAGGUACUUUUUACCCCAUUGUUAGAGCACAUCGAUUUCCAUUGUUAUUUAAAGACUCGUGUGAUUUAUAAACAAGUUGAAUCAUAGAUGUGUUUAUAUAUUGUUUUUUAUAUUACAUAUGGUUUUAUGAAUGUGUUUACGAUUAUAUCUGAAUCAUGUUUUUAAUUUUGGUGGAUUUGUCACAUUAGAAUGACAUUCACCAUUUCUAAAACAAAUGUGAUAGAAAGUGAAAGCAUUAAAAGACAACAUUCCUCAGUAAAGAGUGAAUUUGUUACACAUAUAUAUGCAUAAUUGUAACUGUUAUAAUUAAAAUAAAAUAAAGUUUGAAAAACUUAA